AUGCCCAAAGUCAGCAAUAAAAAAACGCCUCCCGAAGGAUACGACCGCAUUGAACCCACUCUUACGAAACUUCGAGAAAAACUAAAAGAUGCUCAAAAAGCGUCAUUGAAGACGGAAACGAAAAACACAUCGCUCUGGCCAAUCUUCAAGCUCAACCAUCAGAUUAGUCGAUAUGUAUACAUGAUGUACUAUGAGCGUAAACUUAUCUCCCGUGAGUUAUACGACUAUCUUCUUCGACAGAAGUAUGUCAAUGCGGAUUUGAUUGCCAAAUGGAAGAAGCAAGGGUAUGAAAAGCUCUGCUGUGUCAAUUGCAUUAUCGUCAAUGAGAAAAACCACGAAACAACAUGCAUAUGCCGAGUGCCUAGAUCGGAACUAAAAGAAAACCGCAACAAAGACGGAUGUGUGACAUGCGGAUGUCGUGGAUGUGCAAGUACAGACUAG